GAAGCAGCAGUUAGUGUUACAACAACAGAUCCAACAGUUACAGAUAGAAAAACAGCAGCUAACUCACCAUCUUGAGCAACAGAUACAGCAGACCAAGCUCAAACAACUGGAGGACCAGCAUCUCAAGCAGCAACAGCAACAAAGUCAGCUUCAGCAGCAACAGCAGCAGUUCCAGGACAUUCUACAACAGCACCAACAACACAGCCAAUCAGGCUCUGUACCACAAUCUCCCCAGGUGCCACAGUCUCCCCUGCUACAAAGACAGGUGUCUGUGGAAUCCCUGGACUACCAGUUCCAGUCCCCUCCCCAGCAGAUCCAGGACAUCCCCUCUCGCAUGUCUGCACAGCAUCACCUUCAGCAGCUGGCCCGUCAGCAGCAGCAGGGUCCUCGUGACAUUAUCCAGCAGAUGGACAUAGGUCAGCUUGCAGAGCAGCUCAGUAUGACCUCUCAACAACAACAGCAGCAGCAACAACAGUGUGUGUUACAGCAACUACACUCUCCGCCCCCUGUCAGUCUCAGCUCCAUGUCAAUACAGUCAAACCUCCAAUCCGCUAUUGCUCAAAUCCCACAGUUCACACUUCAGACUUCCAAUCCUCAUCAGGAUGUGCUGCCACAAACACAGACAUCUUUUGUGUCACCAAGCCAUCUCUCUGCUGGUCAGGUUACACUUGUCACAACUGCUGCAGACAAUCCCGAACUCUCUGUUGCUCAGUUACUCAAUGGCAUAGAUGGUAUACAGGACCCAGUGGGGACUGUGUUCCGCAGCCACACAACAACGUCAGCUGGCCUAGUCGGGGGUAUAGCAGGUCUGUCUCCCCUUGGUGGCCAGCCCAACAUGUCAACACUUCCCUCCACCAUCAAGGAGGAGAACAACCUAGUGGUCACACCCACGCUGGACAACACCUCAAUGUCCAACAGCUUCGUGGUGUCACAUGCUCCAAGUAGUCUACACAGUGGUGCAGGUGCCACCAUAGAUCUGGAUAGUGCUGCAGAACGGCUCAAACAGGAGAUCAUGGAACAAUUGUCUAAUAGGUCAUUGCAUACAGAAUCCAAGGCAGCUGACAGUAAUCCGUUUUCAUUCCCAACCAUAGACUCUUUCAGUGGUAACAACAUAGAAGGCAGUUUGCCAGGCAGCAUGGGGGGUCAUCUCAACCCAGGAGGGCAUUUUGAGGGCAUCUUAGGACUUCCUGGAGAUUCAGUUCAACAACAGCUCAACAUAGACAAUAGUUUAAAUACAAAAUCUGAAACCAAAUCAAUUCAGAAUCGACACCAAGAACUUAAACGAAGACUUUCAGUAGGUAGUGAAGUAGAACUUUUGAAGAAGUCUUUUUCUUCAGGUAAUCAGCAUAAUAUUGGGUCUAAGGGAUCAACACCUAUAACAUAUGUCAAACACACACCGUCCAGUGGCCCUCAUGUCAAAACAGACAGUCACGCACGGCCUCGCAUGCGGAGUAAAUCGGGUGACGACUACAACCUCAUGCGGGCCAAUAGUGAGGAUCACACAUUCAUGCGACCACGGAGUCGUACAGAGGACUCACUGUGGAGAAUGAAAUCAAAAUCGGAAGAAUACUGGGGCAGCCCGUUUUCAAAAUCAGAUGGUGCCGGACUGUUUAGAAAUCCAAAUAGUUUAUCUAGUCCCAUCAAGUUGAAAAGGAAGCAUCGGCCAGCUCCACUGUUUAUACCUCCUCACAUGAAUAACUGUGGCUUCCAGAGCAGGCUCAGGUCUCCCCGCAUCAACCCUCAUAUAGAGGGGAGAGGUAAUACUCCCCCACCGUACACGCCCCCUCCCAUGCUCAGUCCUAUUCGCAGUGGAUCAGGUCUGUUCUGGAGUAUGUACAAGCCAGUCACUCCCAAGUCUGCACCUGUCACCCCCAGGUCACUCCAGCUGGGCAUGAGCAGCAGAGGAAGUUUAGGUCAUUUUGAUCCAGUGAUGAAGAUGGAGGAGGAAGAUGAUGAGGAGGUUCCCAUCCCGCAAGAGUCAGAGGAGGCAGCACCUGAAACAGAUGUACAACC